AUGGACGAAGACGCCCCCAACUUUUCUUAUGCCUAUGGUGGCGCGCCUUUGACCCCAUCGUCCGCUUCGUGGAACCCUGCGCUGCGAAGCGAAAAGGAAGCCAGCGCACCAGCCAACGCGAAACCACCAGCACAGCCCAAGCCGGAAUCUUUGUCUGAAGAAGAGGGAGAAGGAGAGGACGAGGAAGAUGAAGAGGAUGAUGAUGAGGAGGAGGAAUCGGAGGAAGAAGACAGCGAUGACGAAGAUGAAGACAAAGCUCCGUCCCAACCCGCUGUAACCGCACCACUAGCGACUGCGCCUUCACCUUCAAUCAAGCCUGCAACUGCUGAGAAACAUUCGAAUGAUGGAUUUACAGCUCGCGAUAUCGUUGCUCAGGCAGAGCAGAGCGCAUCACAACCACCAGUCCAACAAUCCCAGGAGGAAUCCGGAGCAGGUGGGCCUGAGAAGGAUCUCGUAAACGCAACGCAGGCGCUCAACAUCGAGGAACAGACUGCCCCGGCAGAAACUGAAGUAAACAAAGAUAAAGGGGAGGAGGAAGAGGAAGACAGUGAGGAAGAGAGCUCCGACGAAGAACCAAGUCCCGAAGCGCAUCCGGAAGUGAAUUACGAGCACCAAGGCGAAAGCACUGUUCUAGAGGACGCUGUGACUGAAAGUGUAAAGGCACCUCUGGUAGCAGAUACCGAAGCGGAUGAGUGGGGUACCUCUGGCGACGAUGCCUUCGAUCUUGAUGGACAACCACAGGAAUCCGCUUUGCCAAUACCUGCGGUAGAAGCUGUUGGGACAACAGUAGGAGACGAGUCUAUUGGAAACACAACUGUGGGUGGAAACGCAGGCGCAGACAUCGACUGGGGUAACACAGAAGAAGAACAAGAGGACUUUUUUGGUACAAUUGCGGGCCAACAAAUUGAACCUGCGCAGUCUACAGAUGAGACCCCUGGUGCGCAUGUAGUACAGGCAGAAACGAAAGCCCCCGAGAAGAGCGAAUGGGAUUUGGACCUGGACUUGGACGAUGAUUUCUUGCCUGACAAGGAAGAUGGACCGGUCAUUGAAUUGAGUGACGACGAAGGUUUUCUCGAAGAUGAACCCCCUGCGGCAGCAGGACAGCCCACACAGUCACAUCCGUCAGGCACUGCAAGCCGGUACGCGCCCCAAUCUGCAACGCCAGCGGCAGUACCUGCUGCGAGCCCAUAUGCCCCCCAAGCACAGUCAAGCCCUGCGGCCACCCCGGCCUAUGAUGGCUUUGGGCGGAAUUUGGCAUACCAACAGCAGCAACAAUCCCGACCUCCUCCACUUUCCACAGCAUGCCUCAACAGCAUGGGCAAGAGUCUGAACCUCAGCCUCAAGCCCCGCCAACUCACCAGCUUUCUCAGUCAAUCGAUGGCAUCGGUCAACUACGACUUCAUUGUACCUGAAGAUGAGCGGGCAGCUGACCCACUUGAGAGGUGGAAGGGAUAUCCCAUCUUCACAUGGGGUCUGGGAGGUACUGUGGUAACGAGCUUCCCAAAGCAGAUUCCUCGAUACGGAGGCGGUGGUUCGGCGCCAAUGAUGAAGACCAACCCCGGUGAGAUUCGUCUUCAGAGCAUCAAGGAAGUCCUACCUCUGCCAGAAGAUAUCGCAAAGUUCCCUGGGCCGCUCAAGGCAAAGAGCAAGAAGAAGGACGUACUGGCAUGGCUUGGUCGCAAGAUUGAAGUGUUAGAUGCUCAGUCCAAAGAGCCUGCACUCGAGCAUUCUAUGAGUGAAGACGACAUCAAGCGCCUCGGAGACAGAGUACUUCUAUGGAAGCUCAUGCAGAUUCUUGUUGAGCAUGAUGGUCGACUAGAAGGUGCACCUGCGGAGGUCGCUAUCAAGAAGAUAUUCUCCCCUGUUAAAGAAGAAGUCCCAGAUGCCGAUGGCUCCUAUUCAACCGGAGUGGAUAUAGUUGGGCGCUCAAGAUCCAAUACCUCAACUAUCCAAGCAGAACCUUCCGACCCACGGACCCUCGAAAACUUGCAAAAUAUGCUUAUUCAAGGUGACCGCGAAAAGGCAGUCUGGCACGCUGUUGACCAGCGACUAUGGGGUCAUGCUAUGUUGUUAUCUUCGACUGGCAACAAGGACACAUGGAAACGGGUUGUUCAAGAAUUUGUCCGGAAAGAAGUCAAAAAUGUCGGGCGCAAUAACCAGGCAUUGGCCGUGUUGUAUGAAGUCUUUGCUGGUAACCAUGAGGAAGCCAUUGACGAAUUGGUACCGGCGUCAGCUCGUGCCGGCUUUCAGAUGAUAAGUGCAGAUGGGGCCGGAGCUACACAAAAUGCACUCCAGGGCCUGGACAAGUGGCGUGAGACGAUUGCGCUGAUUUUGAAUAACCGCAGCGAGGGUGAUGCAUCAGCCCUAUUGUCUCUUGGAAGAUUGCUUGCUCAGUAUGGCCGAGUCGAAGCUGCGCACAUUUGCUUCAUCUUUGCCCGCUCAGUGAUCAAGAUUGGUGGCAUCGACGAUGUCCAGGCCGAUCUUGUGCUCAUUGGCGCUGACCACCGCCAGUACCCUCUAGAAACAGGCAUUGAGCUUGAGCCGAUACUUCUGACCGAAGUGUUCGAGUUCGCCAUGUCGUUGUCAUCACCAAGUGUUCCGUAUGUGCUACCGCACCUACAACACUUCAAACUAGCACACGCAUAUCAGCUGGCGGAAAAUGGUUACAAGACGGAUGCACAGGCAUACUGCGACUCUAUUGCGGCGAUUAUGAAGGCAACAACGCAGAUUUCUCCAUACUACAGCCCAGCCUUUAUCACUACCCUAGACGACUUGAGCCAGCGCCUAUCCCAAGCCCCUAAGGAUGGUUCGUCUUCAUGGAUUUCCAAGCCUAGCAUGGAUAAGGUUGGAAGCUCUCUGCUCUCAAAAUUCAACAGUUUCAUUGCAGGCGACGACGAAGCCGAUGGGGGGAGGCCGGCUGGUACAGAAUCUGGACCUUUUGCUAACAUUGCUGGAGGCAGCCCAGCCCUCACGCCAUCGCAGUCGAACGCGGACCUAUAUGGCGCCAUGUCCGGCUACGGCAUACCUGCACAACCAGCAGCACCAGCCAACUCGAGGUACGCCCCGUCAAAUGCAUAUGCGCCAAGGUCAUCUUCGGAGCAACAGCGAUCUCGUUACGAGCCUCAGGGCCGACCAUCGAUGGAGUCAAACGACAGCUUUGGCAUGCGAGCCGCGUCAGACUCGUACACUCCUAUGACUCCAACCUCAGGCAUAUUGAGCCCUACGCAAAACCAGUUGAGCCCACCAAGCGCACGUACACAAGCCAAGGUUCAAUCUUAUUCCCCACUGCGUCAGGAUUUCAGCCCUCGUCAGGCCUCGUACAAUAGUCCUUACAUGCCUAUGUCUUCUGUCGAAGGGUUGGCUGCCUCUCCUGCCUUUGGCGGGUACCAGCCUCAAGCGAGCUUCGACGAGCCCGCCCAACCCGCGACGGACGAGCAGGGGCAGGGAUCAUCUAACACGUAUGAGCCUCCGUCAUACCAGCCGUACAACCCGGAUGAGGACGACAAGGAGGAAGAGGAGCAACCCAAGAAGAAGAAAUCUUUCAUGGACGAUGACGACGACGAUGACCUGGCUGCUCGUGCCUCUGCAUUGAAAAUCAGCGGUGGCAGUAGCUCCAAGUCCGAGGCAGACAGGAAAGCAGACGAGGCCUUCCGCAAAGCUGCGGAGGAAGACGCAAAACGCGACAAGGAGGCAGCAGCGGCGAAGAAGGGAGGGUGGCUUUCUGGGUGGUUCAAGAAGGACCCGAACGCUGGGCCUGGACCUAUCAAAGCGAAGCUUGGAGAAGAGAGCAGCUUCGUCUACGACACCGAUCUCGGAAAGUGGGUCAACAAGAAGGCGGGUGCAACAGAUACGGCCAAGCCCGCUGCCACACCUCCGCCUCCACGGUCUGGCCCGCCUGGGGCAGCUCGGAGCGCUUCAGGAAGCGCUGCUCCCGCACCUCCAUCGUCUGCUGGGCCUCCGGCUGCAGGUGCAUUGCGUCCACCGGUAUCGAACCUGCGGUCGUCGUCAUUGCCACCACCGCUGCACAGUGCUGGCUCUCGUGCAUCGACGCCGGGCAUUGCUGAGUCGGAUGAAGAAGGUCUUGCCGGGCCCAAACCACCUAUGCUAGCACGACCCAGCUUUGGUGCUGCGUCAGGACCGCCAUCACGGCCUGGUACAGGCAUGAGUAACGCUAGUAGUAUUGACGAUUUGCUGGGAGCGCCUCAAGCGAGGAAGGGACCAGCAGCAGGAAAGAAGAAGAAGGGCGGCCGUUAUGUGGAUGUCAUGGCCAAGUAGAGAGAUCAGGGGAGACGAGCGAGGUAGAUUUCACGGUUUUACGAGAGGCAUGUGUAUGGGUGCAAGGAUUGUGUGAAUGGGUCGGGUAAGUAGAGAGGUGACGCAUGGGUCGGUACCUGCAUUAGACGGGCGCCAGCAUCCCGGGUCGUGGGUGUAUGUACAAUAACGAGUUAUUUUUUGCUGUU